AUGAGAAUUCCUCUGUUUUCAUGGCUUUUCUUAAUCCUUAUUCACUAUGUUUCACUCAGCGUCCAUGUAUUUGUGGUCUCUAGUCAAUGUCCCAGCGACGAUCAGCAAUCUUUGUUGCUUCAAUUGAAGAACAGCCUCACAUUUGACUCUGCAAAAUCUAACAAACUUAAGCAGUGGAAAAAUGGCUCAGAUUACUGCUAUUGGGAAGGUGUGUCCUGCAAAGAUGGAUGUGUUUCUCAUCUCGACUUAAGCAGCGAGUCAAUUUCAGGAGGACUUGAUAAUUCAGGUGCUCUUUUUGAUCUGCAGUACAUCGAGAACCUGAAUUUGGCUUACAAUAACUUCAACACUCAGAUUCCAUCCAAGUUCGACAAGCUGACCGGUUUGAGUUAUCUGAACCUGUCAAAUGCUGGCUUUGUGGGGCAGAUUCCAAUUGAGAUUGCACAUCUGACGAGGUUGGUAACUCUUGAUUUUUCUACCUUUUACUUUCCCCGAACUCCUCCACUGCAACUUGAGAAUCCAAAUUUGAAUGUACUCCUUGGCAACCUUUCUGAGCUUGUUGAACUUCAUCUUGAUGGUGUGAAUGCAUAUGGGGCUCAGUGGUGCGAAGCGAUAUCGUCUUCACUGCCAAAGUUGAAGGUGCUGAGCUUGUCCACUUGUAAUCUUUCAGGCCCUAUUGAUAUUUCAUUACAGAAGCUUCGCUCACUCUCAGUUAUCCAUUUAGAGAACAAUAAUUUGUCUGCUCAAGUUCCAGAAUUCUUCUCAGAUUUCACAAAUUUGACUUCCUUGCAACUCAGUAAUUCUGGGUUAGAUGGUACAUUCCCAAAGAAGAUCUUCCAGGUACCUACACUACAGACUAUUGACUUGUCGGGUAAUCAACAGCUUCAAGGUUCUUUACCAGAAUUUCCGAAGAAUGCAUCUCUUCAAUCCCUGUUUCUCAAUGGGGCAAAUUUCUCAGGCCAGUUGCUACCGAACUCUAUUGGGAACCUCAAAAGGCUGUCCAAAAUAGAUAUUUCAACUUGCAAUUUCACUGGACCAAUCCCAAGGUCAAUGGAAGACCUUACACAAUUGGUUUAUUUGGACUUGUCAUGGAACAAGUUUAAUGGUUCAGUUCCCUUAUUCAGUAUGGCCAAGAAUCUGACCCUAAUAAAUCUCUCAUCCAAUCUUCUAACAGCUUCUGGAAAGUUGAGAACAUUUCCUGCUUUCUUGAGAAAUCAAUCUAGAUUAGUCAGUUUGGACCUUUCAGAAAACCAGAUUCAAGGCGAGAUACCCAACUGGCUUUGGAAUCUGAGUAGUCUUAGUCAACUAAAUCUUUCUUACAACUUCCUGGUAGCUCUAGAAAGUCCUUUGCUUAAUCUUACUUCUCUAUCUGUGCUUGACCUUCAUUCCAACCAGCUUCAGGGACAAUUCCCACUUUUUCCACCAUCAGCCAUUUAUGUGGGUUAUUCAAAAAAUAAUUUCAGCACUGGGAUACCCCCUAACAUUGGUGAUUUCCUUAAUUUCACUUUGUUCUUCUCUCUUUCAAACAAUAACUUCAAUGGGAUCAUUCCAGAAUCAAUGUGCAGUGCGCCAUAUCUUCAAGUUCUUGAUUUAUCCAAUAAUUCUCUAAGCGGGACGAUUCCCCAAUGCUUGAUUGGAAUAAGUGGGACUCUUGCAGUACUGAAUUUGAGAAGAAACAAUCUUUCUGGCACUGUUCCUGAUAAAUUUCCUGAGCGUUGUAGUUUCAAAACUCUAGACCUCAAUGGCAAUCAGAUAGGAGGUCAGUUUCCAAAAUCUCUAGCCAAUUGCACAAUGUUAGAGGUUUUGAACCUUGGAAACAAUCAAAUAGCAGAUACGUUUCCUUGCCUGUUGAAGAACAUUUCCACCUUACGUGUUCUUGUUUUGCGAUCCAACAAAUUUUAUGGGCUCUUUGGAUGCCCCAAGCCCCAUGGAAACUGGUCAAUGCUUCAAAUUGUUGACAUAGCACUCAACAAUUUUAGUGGUGAAAUACGAGGAAAAUGCUUGACAACCUGGAGGGCAAUGAUGGGUGACGACGAUGAUGCCAUGUCAGAGCUUAAUCACCUUCGAUUUGGAGUCCUAAAAUUCACCGGGGUAUAUUAUGAGGAUGCUAUAACUGUUACCAACAAAGGUUUAGAGAUGGAGUUGGUAAAGAUUCUAACUGUCUUCACCUCUAUUGACUUCUCCGGCAACAACUUCAGUGGAUCAAUACCUGAGGAAGUGGGACAACUCAAGUCGCUCUAUGACCUCAACUUGUCCAGUAAUGCUCUCACAGGUGCAAUACCAACCUCAUUAAGCAACUUGCGACACCUUGAGUCCAUAGACCUUUCGAACAACAAAUUGGGCGGAGAAAUUCCUGCAGAGUUUGCCAAACUUACUUUCCUCUCAUUCCUGAAUCUCUCGAACAAUCAACUGGUUGGGAAGAUUCCAAGCACAGCUCAGCUUUCAACAUUUUCAGCAGCUUCAUUCACAGGUAAUAAAGGAUUAUGUGGGAUGCAGUUGAACAUAACAUGCAAUAAUCCCAGCGAGGCUUCAAAUGUAAAACCAAAUUCUGGACAUCAUCGUGAGAUUAAUUGGGGUGUUAUCAGUGUCGAAAUUGGUUUUACAUUUGGCUUUGGAAUUGCUAUUGGGUCACUUGUGUUGUGCAAGAGAUGGAGUAAAUGGUAUUACAAAGCUAUGUAUAACAUCCUUCUCAAGAUAUUCCCUCAGUUGGAGGAAAGAAUUGGUAUUCAUCGGAGACAUGUUCACAUAAAUCAAAGGUGGAAACGUUGA